AUGCUGAAGAACCACGUGCAGCCGGCAGCCUCGUCGGGAGACUUCCGUUGCUUUUGGACCGGCUGCAGGGUGUUCCUGAAACCGGCCCGCAAUUUCAGCUGGCUACAGUCGCACGUCAUCGCCAAACACUGUGGCUCUCGACCGUACCGCUGUCCCGUGCCCGGCUGCAGUUUCCGUUUCUCGUCGCCGAAAUUCGCCCAGAGACACGUCAACAACCACCUGGACAAGGAGUUACAGCUCGGUCGUCUGUGGUCAGCGGCGGCCGGCGACGAACCUCACGACCCAGUCGCCGCCUCCUGUUCCUCGUCGUCCUGCUCCUCGUCGGCCGCUGCUCACGACGGAGACGCUUCCUCAUCGUCACUGAACGCCCUCAAAGCGCCCUCUGACUGUGCCUCCUCGUACCCCAUGCACAAGAGGGAACUAAAGUUUAGAAGUAAUUGUUUUUCGUUCGUUUUCGUUCUUUUCGCUUCGUUUCGUUUCGCUCGUUGUCUCACCUCCGCCGUAAGCGAUUUCACACGUUUUUCGCCGUGUCUCUCCGAUCGCCACGGAAGUCGCUGA